AUGGUCUUGGUAACUGCCUGUCGGGGGAUUGUUCAGUUAAUGCUGCUGUUGCUUCAGUCAGUCAGUCAGUCUAAGUUCGCGCGGCAGGAAAGGGCGUUCUGUGGUGACGGACAUACAUACGACUUGUUGUGGGUCAUGCGGGAGUUGUUGCCAACUUUUGAAACACUCCCUGCAGCCGUCGAUUGCCGAGUCAGGCUAAUCUUCGCCGGUCAUCCAUGGCUGAAACCCCAACACGAACAGCUGGACUUCAAGUCAUCCGGGAACUCCGCAACUAAAUGGUCACCGCGUAAGGAGGAGGACGAGAAGCCUCCUCCUCCUUCAGAAGAGCAGCCCGGUAGAAUUCGUGCUCCGUAUACUCCGUAG